UUUGAGUAUCGUCUGCGCGGAUAAGAAAAUUCUGCGCCGUUCACUCUGGUACCCUGCAGUGGAUUUGGGGAUUCAGUUUUACCGGACGUAUUGAUGCUCUGAAAUACAAGAUACUUGAUGUAUUUCCAUGGAGACAUUUCUGGUGUUCUUUUUGCGUGAUUAACUAUGUUUUUUCUGUGACAUAGUCGUUUGUGGCAGAAACCGGAACUGAUUAGCACUGAACAAACUUGACAAACGACAGUCCGCUGUACAGCAGGAAAAGCUGGAAGGAUUUGCUUGGAUACCACGUUUGCAAUAUUUUAUAAUUUUACUGGACCAAUCGGAAAAAUACAUUUUCAGUUUUUGGCGAGUUAGAUAGUUUUUUUUUUGUUUUUAUAUAUUAUUUUAAAAUGAAGUAGCUAGAAAGUUGAAGAUAUGAGCAGUUUCAACUACACACACUAUACAGCUGCAGAGCCACCCAGCAAAACAACACACCUCACUAAGGCAGAGAGACGAAUGGAGCGAAAAAGUAUCUUGCCACUUAUAAAACCUGUGAAAACAGACCAGAGUCCACGAGAUGCAAUUCACCGAAAUAGUCUUGUACAUGAGAAGUACAAUAAAACUAUAUCGCACAAUGGUAAAGCUAAAACCUCAAAUAGUAAAAAGAAUUCAGAGAAUCUACUUACAGAGACUAAGUUACCGUCCACAACGUCAGGCACAACAUUUCCACAAAUUACACACAAAACUACUAGCAAUGUGGAGACACUACCACAUCUCAGUAACACUUACGGCAAUAUCAUGGGACAGCAGCAACAACAAAAUAGUAGGCCAAACACUUAUAUAGAUAAAGAUGAUAGACUUAGAAGAGAUCCUAAUGGAAAUAAAUUACCUUUAUCCCCUGCAGAGACAUUAAGGUUAUACCGAUCUAAACUAACAGCAUUUGAGCAGAAUGAAGUUCUGGAAUUUCCGGAUACAUGGUUUUUAGGGUUAGAGGCUAAGAAGGUAGAGGGAGUUCAAGGUGCUUCACAGAACAACAGUUAUGAUGAUGAAAAUGGUUCUUACAUUAAGGUGCUACAUGAUCAUUUAGCCUAUAGAUAUGAAAUUUUUGAAGUUAUAGGUAAAGGUUCUUUUGGUCAAGUUGUAAGGGCUAUAGAUCACAAAACAGGGCAGGUGAUUGCAGUAAAAAUUAUCAGGAAUAAGAAAAGGUUUCACCACCAAGCUUUGGUAGAAGUCAAAAUAUUAGAUGCACUAAGGCGGAAAGAUAAAGACAACUCCAAUAAUGUUAUACACAUGUUAGAAUAUUUUUACUUCAGAAAUCAUUUAUGUAUCACGUUUGAACUCAUGGGAAUGAAUUUAUAUGAACUUAUAAAGAAAAAUAAUUUCCAAGGAUUCAGUGUAGCUUUGAUACGAAGAUUUGCAUUUGCAUUGCUACAGUGUCUAAGGCUACUUCGCAGAGAAAAAAUAAUUCACUGUGACCUCAAACCAGAGAAUAUUUUACUUAGACAAAGAGGACAGAGUCAAAUUAAAGUGAUAGACUUCGGUUCAAGUUGUUAUGAACAUCAAAGAGUGUAUACAUAUAUUCAGUCAAGGUUUUAUCGAUCACCUGAGGUGAUUCUCGGUCUACCCUAUGGGAUGCCUAUAGACAUGUGGAGUUUUGGUUGUAUACUUGCUGAGCUGUACACUGGAUAUCCAAUCUUUCCUGGAGAGAAUGAAGUAGAGCAGCUUGCCUGCAUUAUGGAGAUUCUUGGACUGCCACCUUCACACCUUAUAGAGGAUGCUCAGAGGAGGAGAUUGUUCUUUGACUCCAAAGGCACUCCUAGGUGUAUCACAAAUAGUAAAGGGAAAAAAAGAAGACCCAGCUCAAAGGAUCUUUGCCAUGCAGUCAGAACCAGUGAUUCAAAUUUUGUUGAUUUCAUUCGGCGAUGCCUUGAAUGGGAUCCGUCAAAACGAAUGACACCAGAUGAAGCCAUACAGCAUGAUUGGAUAUUAGAGGGAAAACUUUCCAAAAGUAAAGAGUCAAAGCACCACCAUUCAGCAAGGCACAAGAACGUUUAUUCGCAUAUACCGUCCAUUAAUACCUUUGCAAAGGACAAAGUAGAUGAAGAAAGUGCAGACAAAUCACCACCAGAAGAAAAUAUUAAACGAAAAGAAAAACGAAGUGGGAAAACAAAAGACAAAUUGCUCCCAGUGGAGGCUGCUGAUAACAGUCAGCUGACUGAUCCUGUGGAUAAACCUGUGAAUAAAGUCAAACCAUUACUUGCAUCUGAUACUAACCAUAUAACUGUGGAGUUGAAAACUGCCAACGAUGAAAAGGUGGAACAAGCAACCGGUGGACAGUUCCUGCCCCCUAUCUAAUUAUGUAACAUCAAAGGGAUCUAUAUAUUACCAGCAUUAUUACCAAUAAAAUAUAUUUACAGUGAACUCUAAUGGAAUUAGCCAGGAA